AAAGCAAAGUGCAUAAUUUCCCUGCAUUUUCCGAUGAAAAUGGACGCCGACAGCAGCGGAACCGUGCACCGAGUGCCAAAUCGUGUGAAGUGUGAAAUGGAUGAUAAAGAACGCUGGAGGAGCAGACAAAGAAGCUAGGAUUAUGGGACACUCAACUGCGCACUAUGUGGACUCCAGACGAGAUGCAGCACAAACUAACCCUUCUCUUUUUACCCAGAUUCCCAUGGCCCCAGGUCGCGAUCCCGGCGAGAAAGGGAGCACAAUGGGCGCCCAAGGGAGAGGGAGCGCAAA